CGCGCGCGGGGGACUCGGCGCGCCCCCGCCCCGUGACGUCAUCGCGGCGCGCCGCGGGAGGGCAGCGCGGGCAUGGCGGCGGCGCGGGGCGGGCGGUGUCUCCUCGCGGCCCUGCGGCGCUCCGGGCCCGCGCCCCGGCUGCGCCCGCCCGCAGCAAAAGGAGCAGCAUGUCUGCAAAGACAAAUUCUCCCCCGCUGGAGCCUCCAGCACAACGUUCCUGCCUCCAGCAUUGCUGCUGUCAGGAUGUACAGCACACAGACAGCAGAGAGCAAGGAGGAGGAGCCCCUGCACACCAUCAUCAGCAACACAGAGAACGUGAAAGGUGCAGCCUCUAAACAUGAGUUCCAGGCUGAAACAAAGAAACUGCUGGACAUUGUUGCCCGUUCCCUGUACUCAGAGAAAGAGGUGUUCAUCCGGGAGCUGAUCUCCAACGGCAGCGAUGCGCUGGAGAAGCUGCGGCACCGCCUGAUGACAGAAGGGAAGGCCCUGCCAGAGCUGGAGAUCCACCUGCAGACAGACAGUGGAAAGGGAACCAUCACCAUCCAGGACACGGGUAUUGGGAUGACCCAGGAGGAGCUGGUUUCUAACCUUGGUACCAUUGCUCGAUCAGGCUCAAAGGCUUUUCUAGAAGCUCUGCAGAGCCAAGCUGAAGCCAGCAGUAAAAUCAUCGGCCAGUUUGGAGUGGGUUUCUAUUCAGCCUUCAUGGUGGCUGAUAAAGUGGAGGUGUUCUCACAGUCAGCAGAGCCAGGCAGCCCGGGCUACCACUGGUCAUCUGAUGGUUCAGGGAUGUUUGAGAUUGCAGAAGCAUCUGGGGUCAGAACUGGGACUAAGAUUAUUAUACACCUCAAAGAAGACUGCAAAGAGUUUGCAAAUGAAGACCGAGUCAAGGAGGUGGUGACAAAAUACAGCAACUUCAUCAGCUUCCCCCUGUACCUCAAUGGGAGAAGAAUUAACACAUUACAGGCUCUGUGGAUGCUGGAGCCCAAGGACAUCGGCGAGUGGCAGCACGAGGAGUUUUACCGCUUCAUAGCGCAGGCUUACGACAAGCCCCGCUACGUCCUGCACUACAAGACCGACGCUCCCCUCAACAUCCGCAGCAUCUUCUACGUGCCCGAGCAAAAGCCAUCCAUGUUUGACAUCAGCAGGGAAAUGGGCUCCAGCGUUGCCCUCUACAGUCGCAAAAUCCUCAUCCAAACCAAAGCUGCAGACAUCCUGCCUAAGUGGCUGCGCUUCCUUAGAGGUGUUGUGGACAGUGAGGAUAUACCCCUGAAUCUCAGCAGGGAGCUUCUGCAGGAGAGUGCCCUGAUCAGGAAGCUCCGUGAUGUUUUGCAGAAGAGGUUGAUCAAGUUCUUCAUUGACCAGAGCAAGAAGGACCCUGAGAAAUAUGCCAAAUUCUUUGAGGAGUACGGGGUAUUCAUGAGAGAGGGGAUUGUCACGAUAGCAGAGCAGGACGUCAAGGAGGACAUAGCAAAGCUGCUGCGUUACGAGUCGUCGGCGCUGCCCGCGGGGCAGCUGACCAGCCUGAGCGACUACGGCUCGCGCAUGAAGGCCGGCAGCAGGAACAUCUACUACCUGUGUGCCCCCAACCGGCACCUGGCCGAGCACUCGCCCUACUUCGAGGCCAUGAAGAAGAAGGACAUGGAGGUGCUGUUCUGCUAUGAGCAGUUUGAUGAGCUGACACUCUUGCACCUCCGGGAGUUUGACAAGAAGAAGCUGAUCUCUGUGGAGACAGACAUUGUUGUUGAUCACUAUAAGGAAGAGAAGUUUGAGGAGAGCCGCCCAGCUGGAGAACGUCUGACAGAGAAGGAGGCUGAGGAUCUGAUGGCCUGGAUGAGGAAUGCCUUAGGCUCUCGAGUCACUGGGGUGAAGGUGACCACGCGGCUGGACACGCACCCUGCCAUGAUCACCGUGCUGGAGAUGGGCGCCGCCCGCCACUUCCUGCGCAUGCAGCAGCUGGCCAAGACCCAGGAGGAGCGAGCCCAGCUCCUGCAGCCCACCCUGGAGAUCAACACAGGGCAUGCUCUGAUUAAGAAGCUCAGCGAGCUGAAGGACAGUCAGCCUGAUCUGGCCCAGAUGUUGCUCGACCAGAUUUAUGAGAAUGCCAUGAUUGCAGCAGGGCUGAAUGAGGAUCCCAGGCCAAUGGUGAACCGGCUGAACGAACUCCUCACCAGAAUCCUGGAGAGGAACUGAGCCCGAAGGACUGAAGGAUGAACUCUGUGCUGAUCUCUUGCCUCAGGCACAGCCAUUCUCAGAAGCUGCUUGCAGGCACUGUCCAGCACAGGUUCCUGGGCAGAGGGCAGGGACAGUGCUGGGGACAUCCAGCCCUCCCUGACGGGGAGGAGCCACCUGUAAUUAUCAGAUGCCACAUCAUCAGCUUGUUCAAAGUGCAGUGCUCUUAGUGGGGACAAAAUCCAGAGGUUGUUGCUUAAAUAAUGUGCCCAAAUUUCUGACAUGAGCCCGAAGAGCCUCAUUUCAUACUGUUUCUAAAAAUGGCCUUUCUCAAAACAGAUGUUGGCAGCAAGAUUCCCAGUUAGGUCUGUGAAUACACCCCCCUAUCCACAAAAUCCCUGCUCACCUUUGUGCUCUGAACAAGCACUGGAAAAAUCAAUUAAUUAGUUAAGAAACCUCCAGGUCUGACCAGGCAGGAGGAGUUUGCUGGCAUGGAGACAGCUUUGGCAGACACAGAUACUGUUGGUGGAACAUGUCAGUGCAAUCCCAUGGCAGCAAAGAUCACUGAGCUGCUGGAUAAGUGAAUUCAUCAUGGUCCUGUGGUAAAAGGGAAGUAACUGGGAGGCAGCUUUCUACUGUCUGGCUUUCUGGAGAGUCUGUGGCAUAAACUGCACACCUAGCUGAUCUGUAUUUAUGAUAAAUAAACAGUUCUUAUUUUCCAGACAUCCCCCCA